UGAUCAAGAUCUUCGUACACAGUAUUCUUCCCCGAGACACAAAUGAUACAUUCGCUUUCUGUUGUAUGACCCAUCCGCGCCCGCCAUGGUCUCCAGUACAUAUACAUCCAGCAUAAUCAGCCACAGAAAACCCGAGGGACAGGGUUCAGGCGAGAAAGCAAGCAAUAAUACGCCAAGCCGGAGUGACGGCAUCGAAGAGCUAGACAGUCACAGCAGCAACAGCAACGGCGGAUCCGGAACAGAAACCCAAACCCCGGACAACACAAAAGCCAUCACCACCACCACCAACAACACCGGCUUCACCACCAUCCACCUCACAGUGUACAUCUUCCGCGGCGAGCCAUUAGACACCUACAACCACCGGCACGCCCUCCUCUACCUCACCUCGCCGGACCUGCCGGCCUACCACGAGACGGUGCACACGCAGCGGGACGAGGCGACGGACCUGUGGGUGGUGGGGCGGCUGCACGUGCCGGUGCCGUGGUUCGAGACGCGCGCCUACGUCGCCCACGUCAGCGCGGGCGCCCUGCGCGUGCCGGCGGGUCGCGAGAUGGCCCCCGCCGAGGCCGUCGCCGCCGUCCCCGCGGGUGCUCGUCCGCCGGACUGGAAUUGUCAGAAUUUUCUGUAUGAGGGCUUUCAGGUGCUGGUGGACCGCGGGUGGCAGACGCAAGAUUGGUGGGAGGAGGUCGUCGGGGAGAUGAUGGAUAAGUUGCUGGAUAGUACGGUUGUUUGAUGGCUUGGUUUGGGG